UUUUGUUUCUGCUCCGUACUGAGCAUCGGACAUGUUCCUAAAAUAAUCGAUGUGGUUUAUGCUUCCUUGAAGCUCCGAAUGCCUUUUGUCACACUGCUUGAUUCCGUGUUUGUUCAUGCAAUGUGAAGCUGCCAUGAUAUUCGCCGGCGGCAUUUGCCCUGCCGAUUGUAACGUAAACCAUGACCUUCAUGCUGAAGAAGAAAAAGUAUAAGUUCCAGGUUGACGUUUUAAUUGAAGAGCUGACAGCCGUUCCUUUCGUCAAUGCCAUUCUCUUCGCCAAGAUUCGCCUCCUCGACGGCGGCAGUUUCUGCGAGAUAUCGUCCAGGGAAGAGGUGGCGGACCACUGUGUGAAAUGGAACUCUCAGUUUGCCUUCUGCUGCAAAAUGAGUGCCAACGCAAGUACGGGGGUGCUUGACCCGUGCAUCUGCAGAGUCUCCAUCAGGAAAGAGGUGAAGGGAGGCAGGUCCUUCCAGAAGCUGGGCUUUGCAGACCUCAACCUGGUGGAGUAUGCUGGUCAGGGGGUCACAUCCCGAAGGUACCUCCUCGAAGGCUACGACACGCGCCAUCGGCAGGACAAUUCUGUUCUUAAGGUCUCCCUGGGAAUGACUCUCCUCUCUGGGGAUCCCUGCUUCAAAGCACCGUCUACGCUGCCGCCACCUCUACCGAACGAAGCUCCAGAGCUCCACGUGGCAGUUCCCAAGGGUGACGACUACAGCGGCAGCAGCAUAGCGAGCAGCAGUAGCGGUUUUGGCAGCUUGCCUCGGACACAGCGACCCACCAUUGUGGGACCAGGAGAUGGGAGUAGCGGUGAUGGAGAUGGGAAGAAGGAAGAGGGAGGCGGCCUCGACUUUGAGCAGUGCCACUCUAGGAACUCCAGUUACACAAGCCAGCAGUCAAGGGGUUCUGGCUAUGGAAGUCUGCCCUCCCAUUCCAGGCAGGGCAGCUCAGAUUCAGGACACAUCAGAAACCUUAGCUCUGGCUCUGGCUACAGCGAUACGUUUCCAGGUUCCCUCAAGCCACCAGAUCGGAAGAGGCCUACCAGUAAAGUUCAGAAUUUGCUACAUAAGCAGAUAACUGAAGAACACCGCAUGGACUCCACAAGGGUCAACGCGGAUCAGCUCAUUGAAGACCUGCUCCGAGCCACAAACCUCGAGGAUGAUUCGGCCGAAGACUCUGGCACUGGACUGCAGCUCUUCAUUGGCGAGGAUGGGAUACCGGCGCUUGGCACGGCUGCGACUGUCAAAGCCGGUUCCAGCUGAACAAAAAAAAUCUCUCAACGGGAACCUCGCGUACACGUGCAUCCCUUAACUUCAACUGUGCUCUCGAUGUAGCCUGUUAUUUCCCUGCCGCGCAAAUUACAGUGUUUGCUUUCACGCAGAAUCCUAAAGCUGAACUUGGCCACAUGACACGCCGAGGGCCAAUCAUUGCACAGAGUGACAUCGUUAUCACUCCUGAUUUGUGAUGAGCGCGUGCCUUUUUGUGGCACACAGCAUACCUGCACGAGCGUCCGAAAAGGGCACGUGCCUCCAGUUUUCAACAAAUUAUGGAAGAGGACGAUUGGUUGGCUAGGAGUGUGUCAUGUGACAGGUACUGUUUUUAAGAGUGCAACUGCUUACUAUAAACCUAUUGCAGGAUUCCCUCGUAAUUUCUGCCAAAGCUUGAUUUCUGCAAAAUUUAUUGCAGAAUUUGCUUUGAAUGGGACCAUUUGAGCAGAAUAGAGUGCAGCUUGCAAAUGUCAUGUCUUCUAGUUUUUCUGGCAAAGCCGAGCUGAUGUCCUCCCAUUAGAGUCAACGAGGUAUGCCCCGUACAAGUUGCGACAUUGAGAUAACUGUUGAAACUUUUCUUAUGCCACUUGUAAAUAACAUGCUUAACAUUGUACUUAUUUAUUAGUAGAUUUAGAAAUUAAAAUAUUCAGUCCCCCCCCCACGCAAAUACCAAGUUAGGUGGGCCUGUUUUUGGCUUCGAGACACAAAAUAAAUAUAUUAUUAUUAGACCCCACUGAACACUUACCAGUUAGUGCUACCAGUCGCAGCAAGUUGCCUAAUUUAUUUCUGCGUAUAUCUCUCUCUCUCUGAGCAUUUUAGAGCUGUUGAAGCACCAUCGUCAUCAUUCGAGGAUACGCGCUCUCUUUAGCACAGAUUACGAGGGAGUACUGUUUAUAUUUGUUCACUUAGUCCAGAGUACUGUUGACAGAAAUCUUAUGUGCACUCUGUUGGCUCGGUUCACGUCCGUUUCCCCCCGAACUGGUGAAGGAACGCCGGUUCCCCCGUGUGGAUGCAGUGUUACCGGCGGUACUCAUGAAAUGUAUUCUAAAGCAAUGUAUCUGCAUUUACGCACCCUGUCAUCAAAAUAUGGCUGCGUGUAUGAGGUUUUGUUCACACGGUCAUUCAAGAGGCGUUUGGCACGUGGCUGCGGUCAUCGUCUUUUAUAACCAGGGGCAGCGUGUGUCCCUUCUGGAAAUUAAUGCCGCACCUCGAAAAAAAGACUCUGAACACGCGAGAUAUUGUACGUAUUUAUAUAUGUAUAAGGAAUGCUUUUCCAGAAUGCUCAUUUGAGAAUGCUUGUGCUGCUGGUUGUAACUAAGGGUUGUUGUUUUUUUUUUUUUUUUGUAUUUUUCUCUUCUCGAACGAAUGGAUGUGGUUGUAUUCUUAAAGCGGCACAUUUGUGAAGGCUAUGCGCCACUACAGUUCGCCCUCCCCCUCCCCUUCGAGACGGUUGUUUUGUCAUCACGUGUGUAUGUGGGAAUGUUUUUGGUACGUAUGCGAUUAAAUUGAAUUUUUACGCUCCUGCGACGCAGCAGCUUUGCGUCGACGCCACAACCUGCAAAGCUGAGCUCUCCCGGACACUGGUGGGAGUCGUGACCACAAGAUGAGCAUAUUUGGGUCUGUCAUCUCCCCCUCACGUUAACGUGUGGGUGCCUGCUCUAGAAAGAGCCCACAUAUUAUGACGGUUUGAACACACGUGAAGGGGCUGCUGUGGCAGCCAAAUGGAAUCAACACACUUGUCUUUCCAACUAACUAUGUACAUUUUGUGCACGAAAGGUAAAAAAGAAGCGCCAUUGCAUAAAGCACGAAUUCCAUUCUGUUCCUGAAUUUUAAGAAGCUCGUUUAGACUGUUUUGUGGGGAGCAGGCUGCAGAGUUAAUUUGCAUGAUACAAGUAAGGCAUCGAUGCCCUGUGGUUUUUGCCAUCAAAAAGGGGGCAACACAUUUUUUUUCUUAACUUUGUGGGAAAAAUGUGCUUGUACUGUGCUAUUCUCAGCUGCUCUGCAGUAGUUCUUUUCGUGUACGAUCGUUUGGGGGUCCUUACAUUUGCUGCACGUUAUUGCGCAGGUUUGCACUGGAACGAGGAGGACUGCAUAGGGCUGUCAAAGAAUGACACCCUCUGCAAGCUUGUCAAGGGCUCGACUGUUUGCCCGUGUGCUUCGAAUUUUCUCUUGUACAUGUAUAAACGAGAAAGGCCACGCAAUGGAAAUGAGAGCGGGCUCUCUUUUCUUGCGCUUGGCUUUCUCCGCAACAUGCUGAUGUUACGGUUGGCUUCUGUUUUUAUUGUUCAUACACGUUACGUUAAAAGCACCCUGUUGUGCGCAGUGUUUCGGCUAUGACUAAUUGAUUAACGGAUUGGUUGACAUUGGAUGUUCAAAAAUUCCCGAGGGACUCGACGAAAUGAGUUACGUGCUACUAAACUGUGCGCGUGUCAUUGCUCAGCUAGGUUGAGUCUUGACGGGUGCACUGUAAUAAACAUGCACUAGCAUUUGGUGGUACGACUGCUUG